AUGAAGCUCUCACUCUUUGGAAAAAAAGAUUUGUCAAAACAACUUCCCUCGCAUAAUCAAGAACCAAACAAAACAUGCGGAAUAUGUUUUGAUCUGAAAAUAGAUUCCGAAAUCUUCAAACUAACGUCCAAAAUCUUCAAAAGGCGAAAAUGCAACCAUCUCUUUUGCAUCGACUGCAUACGCAAGUAUCUAGAAAUUAAAUUAAAUGAUAAUGUGUAUAAGGUGAUGUGUCCAAGCCCAAAUUGUUGUGUUACAUUUAAGCCAAAACAUUUGCAACACAUUUUGCCAAAACAUUGUAUUUCUCGAUGGGAGUAUUUAAUUUUCGAGUCUUCUAUUUCCAUGGAGCAAAAGAAUUACUGCCCUUAUCAGAAUUGUUCUGUUUUGUUGGAGAAAGGUAAUGACAUUAGAGGAAAAUUUGUCACGAAUUCCAAGUGUCCUUCGUGUCACAGAAACUUUUGCGCACAAUGCAAAGUUCCAUGGCACGAAGGAAUGGAUUGUCAGAAAUUCCAACAAUUGAAAUGGGGUGACAAAUAUGAUUUGGAUAUCAAAUUUUUGGAGUUGGCCAAAAGAAAGAAGUGGAAAAGAUGUCCUAAUUGCUCUAUGUUCGUCAAUAGAAGUCGCGGAUGUAAUGACAUGCUUUGCAGGUGUGGAUGUCAUUUCUGCUACAGGUGUGGGAAGAAAUGGGGUUUUCAUACAAGACAUAAAUGCAAUAGUAGUUAG